UCUCUCUCUCUCCUCUCUCUGAGUUUGACCCGUUGCCACCUACCGGCAGCUUCUUUCAUCCCCUCCAAUGGCGACCCCACAACGCUGCUGGUAUCUCAAAAGUAAAUCUUUCUAAGUGGGAAACUUAACUGAAACAGCCUCUCUUUUUGAGCUUGCACGAUGGUUAAAUAACCUUACCUUUCCUCUCAUCUCUCUUUUUCUUUUCCUCCAAAACCCUAGUUGAUGAUUAUAUAGGGAGAAGGGUAAAGAAACCCAAAAAAACCAAAUUCCAAUUUGAUCAAUCUUCACUACCAAAAUCUCUCUUCUUGGAUCUGUUCAGUUGUUUUUAGCGGUCCUGUACAGACUACAGACACUUUUGGUCUAAGAGAGAGAGACAAAGAAAGAAGAGACCGACUCCAUUUUAGAUCAGAGUGUGAAAGUGAAAGAUAUGGGUUUCACAAGUGGUCACUAGGCUUUUACCUUUCCUGUUCUUCACUUUUUCUCUCACCACAAAGCUAUGGAUUCUGGAAACAGUGGUAGUAUGCAAUCAUCAAGUGGUGGUGAUGAAGAGUAUGAUUCAAGGACAGAGUCGAUCUCUCCUUUCUUCAAUCCUUCAGGCCACUAUGGUUCAAGUUCAAUCUCAAACCCACAGUCUCUUCCUCACCAUCAAAGUCAUCCACCCACCAUGUUCGAUCCACCAUCACAUAAUCUUGAAGCCUUUUCGCAAUCACCCACAAACCCAAACACAAAUCCUCUAUACAACAAUCUCGAUUUAGUCUGGCCCAGAGGCCUAAGAUCUGAAGCCAACUUCACAGAAUUCGGAAACUUAGCAGGCUUACCAUCAUCAAGCCAGUCUGUUUUAGGUUCUCAAGGUCUUGGCCAUGGAUCAUUCUCAAGCUCACCAUCCAUGACUUUGCAAUCUGUUGAUGGAAAUGCAGCAAGAGCUUCACAGCCGCCUGAUCAGACCCACGUUGUCAAGAACCCGAAGAAGCGCACCAGAGCUUCCCGGCGAGCACCAACCACUGUUCUUACCACAGACACAUCCAAUUUCCGGCAAAUGGUGCAAGAAUUUACCGGUAUUCCCACUGCUCCGUUCUCGGCAUCUCCAUACUCUCGCCGGCUUGAUCUCUUUGGCUCAAGCUCAACCAUGAGGUCUGGACAUUUAGACACACUCGGGCCUCUCUAUCCUCUACGGCCCUCGGCUCAGAAGGUUCAGAUAUCACCAUUUGUUUCUUCUUCUUCUUCAUCACCAUUGUUGAACUCUAAUAUGGUUGAUGCUAUUCCUGCUAGUAAUAUGGGUUCUAGUACCUCUACCUCCAUUGCUGGUAUAUCCAAUACUUUGAGUUCACAAAACUACCACCAACUACCCUCUGAUAUUGGCCUUUCAAAACAACCACCUCAAAAUUUACUGAGCAUGCAGAACCAAAUUCUCACAUUCCAGUCCCUCCUACAGUCUCCUGGCCUUCCUCCACAACUUAAGCACCCAUUAUCAAAUACACCCAUUUUUGGAACUAAGUCUCAAGGAAGUUCAAGCAUUCCUCUUGAUGAAUUGGGUCUGAGCCAUGAAAAUGUCAACACCAACCUUAGUGGAUUUCCAAGCCAUGGAAGUUCAGAUGGGGCACAUGUCAGGAGAGAGAACAGUCCAACAAGAUGGAGAGAGGGAAUGAGAUUGAACCAUGGAGGUCAAGAACAUUUGGGUCCUUUCCAUGUAAAUAAUGGCAAUUCACAACGUUUCAGCAGCUAUAAAUUGCACUCUUCAGCUUCAACAUCAGACUUCCAUGCUGAGAAGGGUUUAGAGAAUGUAUCCUCGAGAGGUGAAGGUACGGUGGAGUCAUGGAUUUGUCCUUCUGAUUAGGCUUCUGUGUAGCAAUAAACAAUACACUAAUUACCAUGAGAGGGUACAGAAAAUGAAGAGGGUUUUUUAAUUUACUGCGGU